AUGAUCGUGCGGCCGUUGCCGACUUUUGAAGAGCUUGAAGUAGAGAAAAUAUGGCUCCGGUUUCCCAAAGACAUAUGGAACGAACACCGUCCAGGGACACACGAAGCCAACACCUCCAAUCCAGAGCCAAAGGCAGUGCUCAAGCGGAAACACAAGCCAGCAGUCAUCAAGACAGAAGACGAUGCUACCACGCAAGCCUCUAAGCCAUCACCACGCCAGCCACGACGGUGCAAGGUCAAAGUCGCCCGCUUCCAAUAUGGCGGCCCAGAUGCACGCAUGGCAGGUAGAUGCAAGAACGACAUUACCUUGGACGCACCUUGCCUCCAGCCAACAUGUGGGAACUGCUGGAAGUGGCACGCACAGUCGAUGCGCAGUCCUCCCGUCACGAGUCCCAAUCCUAACAACAAGCACGUUCCAACCGCUCCAAAAGCAUGGCCGCUGAGUCCAGUCAUAGAUCCGAGAAUCUUAGGCGAUGCAUGGCAAACGUACCCAAUCCGAGGCAACAGCACAAUGGACUUGACCUCUUCAACCGCCCCAUCAGUACACGGACAAGGCUCAGCACCGCACGACACCACAGCAACGUCCACGCCGUCAGAUCACAACAUGUCCCUACCCACUUCUCUACUCCAACACAAAGCUCCCCACGCAUCGAGCCAGACACGCUGGCGGACGUCACCGCGGCAACGGUAUACAGCGCAUCUCUCCUUCUCCACACCCAGAGGGAAAGCGAAGUUCAGGGCUCUGGUGCACGGGCAGGCGAGGAAAGAGAUGAGAGCAGAGCAUCAGCGUCUCGCGCGAGCAGCGAGGCGGAUCGUGACGGACACGCUGGUGCCGAGUACGGAUGGGGUGAGGCGGAGAAGUAGGCACAGAGUGAGGUUGGUGUUUCGGAGUGCAUUGGGGAGGGAGAGUUAUAAGAGGUUGCUCGAGAGGGAUUUGCUGCAGAGCGAUUGA